AUGGCGUCUCGCGGGUUUUGUGCAGCGCUCCUGCUAACCUUCGGACUUAUAAUGUGCCUCCAAGCGGUCCCGUCUCAGAGCGUCCGAUGCUACUCCAGGCCUCUCGCGCCUUGCGACUUCGUGGUGAAAGGAAGUGCAGGAGCUGUGCCACAGUAUCGCGUGGUGUCGUUUCUUGGAAACAAGCUGCUCAGCCGCACCCCCAUCAUCCACAAGUCUGGCGAUCUUGUCAUCACUGCUUCUUCAGAUGACUGCACGUUCGUGAACUCGGGUGCGAGUUGCGAGAACCGUUUCUUCUUCAUGCCGCCAGGCAACGACUACAACAAGACCAACUUUAUCGGGCAACACCCCAUCGCACGCACUAGCCUUGCGGUAUACAAGCAGCAGUGCGUUCUUCUGUACAUGAACAACGCUCUCCUGGCGAGGGCUGGGUGGCUCAAUAACGGGGACAACAAGCGCAAGUUUCCCCAGGUAAGGGCAUUUAAAGGAGGUUCUUGCUCGGAACACAACAACCGUUACGUACCAGAUCAGUGUUUCAAGCGUCUGCUCUAUAUAGCUGCUGUCCAACUCACGUCUGCACCUCUCAUCCCGUGCUCCCUGCUGCCACUUCUGUGUCUCUGCGUUCGUCCCUGCAUUUGA